AAGCCAUUAAUCUUUCUUCCUUUGCUUGUCCGAAAAUUUUGCAAAUGGAAGUGUUCGAAGAUUUGUUGCCAGUUAUGGCUAAAAAGUUAGGAACAGAAGGAUUGAUCACAGAGCUGUGUAAUGGUUUUCGGCUACUGAUGGAUGGUGAAAAAGGAGUGAUUACAUGUGAGAGCCUCAAGAGGAACUCUCUUCUUCUUGGUUUGCAGAAUCUUCGAGACGAGGAGUUGGAGAGCAUGGUAAGAGAAGGAGACUUGGAUGGAGAUGGGGCUCUAAGUGAAUUCGAAUUCUGUGUUUUAAUGUUUUCGUUGAGUCCUGAAUUGAUGGAUAUUGGAGCUCAGAGACUGUUUGAUGAAGCUCUUGUUGAUUAA